UGUAUUGUAAACAUUACUACAUAUCUAUAUCUAAAACAGCCACCCGGAUUAGAUGUUUAUAUAUAAAAUACACCACUCUUGAGAGACUGUAGAUACCACUACCUCCUUAUGCACCACCCCGCUAGGCCUCUAUUUAAAACAGCCACCCUCAUCUAUUAUAAACACUGUUGUAUUCAUAAAACUGAAACUCAGCCACCCUCAAGGGACAGACAGUAAAUAGUAUUCCACCCGUUUAUUUGGAACACAGCCCCACCCCUGGGAGACUAUAAACAGCUGUGUGAGAAAAUCGCUCUUCAUUUACCCCUCUUCAGUUCAUUGCUGUUGUUGCUGUUAAAGAUCGAGGUCAGCCCUGAAUCGGUACACCUAUCAUCGAAUCCAACCGUGACCACCUUUUCUGAGACGCAUUUAACGUUGCAUUACAUAAUGUGUCCUGCUCUGUUUUCUUUUUUUCCUUUUUUUUUAACGUAGUAAGAUGUAUUUGAGAAAGAUGUGAACUGGCUACUAUUUUUAGCUAAUCGAGUAACCACAGACAGACUCUCUAGUUAGCUCAUACUGCUGCUGUUGUUGUGAUAGUUACUGCUCUUGUUUUGUAUUGUUUUGUUCUCGUUGUUUCGAUUUACCAUUCCACCUCUUCUGCCACUGCCGCCAGAAGAGGAAGGCUGGGAAGAAUUUAUUGAAUGGAAGUCAUUCCAAGAGAAAAGAAGCGUUGGUUUGGAUAACAAAGGAGGGAAUCUGAGCUGGUGCCAGACUCUAUCGACGACUGCAUCAAUACGACUUGUCACUGAUGCUUAUGGAUUAGACAAACUUCCUGUUACACACACACACACGCAUACACACACACAUUCAUACAUAUACACAUAUAAACACAUACACGUACACACAUAAAUACAUAUACACACACACACAUACAUAGAAGCACAUACACACACGCCUAUAUAUAUAUAUAUAUAUAUAUAUAUAUAUAUAUAUAUAUAUAUAUACAUACACGCAUAAUACAUAUAUAUAUAUAUAUAUACACACAUACCUACACAUAUACAAUUACAUACACACACGAGUACAAACAGAAAUAUACACAAUCGCACACGCACAUACAUACAUAUAUGCCCACACGUAUACACACACAUUUGUACACACCUAAUUGCAUCUAGCAUUUAAUAAGUUGUACCAGCCUUGUAUCUGUAAUUCGCUAUUGUAUUUUUCCAAGAGCGGUGCCAGCCUCCUCCUGGUAAUUACUGUUGUAGCUGGCACCUACCAUUUUCGGCAUUGGAAGUGUUUGAGCGAUUGCAUUUGCGAUUCCAUUUCUUUGGAAUUCGGUCAAAAAUAACAAGUGUUGAAAAACAGAGGAAGAACAAAGUCUACGCAAAUUGGAAAAGUCUCUGAGGAAAAAGAAAAGAGAAAGAAUUCUUGGCGGGGAAAAAAGGACUAAAAUAUUAUUCAAAAAACGUUUAAACAUUGGAAUAUUAAUACAUCGGAUAAGAAUUAUCACUGAGUAUGAUAAUACAGACUUUAUCAUCAUCGUCAUUAUUAUUGCCAACAUCAUCAUCGUCUUAAUCAUCAUCAAUUAUCUGAAAUUGCAUUUCUUUAUCUGCUGUUUUUCAACGCAGCCUUAAAACGCACUUUAAUAUACGCGCUUUAUUAAUGCAACCCCUAUCUUUUUACUGUCGAAUACACACACACACACACACGCACACACACACACACACACACACACACACGUUCUUAAUGCGUUAAUCUUCGUCGGGUCUGUUUCUUGAUCAUCAAUUCUCAUUUUCUUGCAGGUUCUGUACAACACUUUAAAGAGUAAUAUACAUACAUACAUACAUAUGUGUGUGUAUGUAUGUAUAAAAUAGAUAGAUAGAUAGAUAGAUAGAUAGAUAGAUAGAUAGAUAGAUAGAUAGAUAGAUAAUCACAAGGGAUUCAGGUUUUCGGGCAGACAGCUAGGCAAGCAGAGGGUGCUGGUCUUUCUUCAUCUCUUUUUCCAUCUCUCAUUCCUCAAUUUUCGGUCAUCAGCUGCUGCAAUUUAUUCAUUUGACAUUGUGAAAUUGCUUCCGUUUCCCCCACCCCCCGACUCCUGUUUGUUCCAUAUUUUUUCCACCCUCCACCCUUUCUGCCCGACUGUAUUUCUCUUUCUCAAAUACACACACACACACUCUCUCUCUUUGUAUAUAUAUUCUCUCCUAGACUUCAUCUCCAUCAUAAAAUCACAGACAACACCGUAUAGAACAUGAGAAAUAACCAUGUCUUUUUGGCAGCCAUGUAACAUAUUGAUUUCCACUCUGCGACGUUUUCGUCGCUUCUUCUUCAUUCUGGCAGCCUUUGUUGUGAUAGCUACAGUAAACCAUUUCUAUAUGCGAACCUCUCCACCGUCUUCCAUCAAAGAAUUCCAACCUCGUGUUACAGCCACAGAGUAUCGCCUGCUCUUGACACUCACGCGGAUAUUUGCCAAAGCAGCCGAUACCGAAAACUUGGUUUACUUCUUAUAUGGUGGAAGUUUACUGGGAUCGUACCGACAUCACGGAUUUAUACCAUGGGACGAUGAUAUCGAUGUCAUUAUGAAUUCUUCACAAAAGGAAGAAAUCCGUCGGGCAUUAUCAGCCUACGAACCAAAAUAUAAAUUGUACGCACCUCCACAUAAACAAUGGAAAUUCUACCGUGCUGAUUCGGAAGCUUUAAAAGAAAAACCAUUCCGUUGGCCCUAUAUUGAUAUAUUUUUCUUUCAGGAGGAUGCAACUCACAUCUGGGACGAAUUUUUCUGGUAUCAGUUUACUUAUGUUUAUGAUAAAAAAAGAGUGUUUCCUUUGCAGAAACGACCAUUUGACAAUCUCAGUUUGCCGGCUCCUUGCGACACGGAGUCCUUCCUAGGGACAUAUGCCGCCGAUAUGUGCAGAACUAAUGCAUUUUCGCACAAAGAGGAACGUUGGUUGUACAGACAAGCGCAGCUGCCUUGUUACCAACUUCGCGACAGUUUCCCUCUCGUUCAACGAACGAAAACAGAUGAUGGAUGGACAGAAGUGUUAUGGAACGGAUCCAUUGCCGUUCAAUACUUUUAUUCCCCGCACGCUUGUUGAGGAAUAAAAAAAAACACAAAAACACAGCUAUUGCAUAUUUUUGUGCAUUAUUAUUAUUAUUUACUAUUAUUAUUGUUGUCGUCAUCAUCAUCAUCAUCAUCAUCAUCAUUACAUUUCAGCAACGUUCUUUUUAUUUGUAUGCUUUCACAGCACAGCUGGUCCCAUUUCUUUCGCACGUCGACUCUGUGCAGUGUUUCGGUUCAGUUUUAUUUAAUCUUUUGUAUUCAAAGUAUCCUAAGUAAUAUGUAUACAGCGUCUUUAUUAUUA